UCUACUGAGCUAACAUACUGGCUGAGCAAGUCCGACAUUCUACACUUCAAUGGAGGAACAGCCCAAAGAUCGGGCUCAAGACAGGCAAUAUCAUCUCCAGGGAGAGGACAGAAGCUCUAUUCAACAUACAACUUGUCUAAAAAAUGAUCAGAGCCACUUCCAGCGCCAGCAUCAGGAAACGCAGACGAAGAAAACAGGCAAUAAAAAAGUAAACAUCAGUGACGAGGAGGGGGAGAAGAAUACACAUCUGUCUCAUACUGUUGGUAUGUCACAUCCCCCCAGCAGCAAUGGUAACAGACACAUAAGUAAUACAAAUGUGAAGCAGAAGUCAACGCAAAAGCUGUACACGUCUGUUCCAAAAGUGAGCAGCAAAGUAUUGGACCAUAAGAAGAAUAUGGACCUUAAAAAUGACAAGGAAAAGGCGCUGGAUUUGAAUCAUCAUGAGAGCCAACCUUUGGAUAAGAAAGACUCUGUUUUGCUUCAAAAUGGUGUUGUACACUGUGGCUUAAUUACAAAUGGCUAUUCUAGCAAGGACAAUGAUGGAAGCGGUUCUGAAGGUGGAUAUACUACUCCGAAGAAACGCAAGGCCAGAUGUAACAACGCCAAGAACACUGAUAAUGUGAUAAGAGACAAGGAGAAAGACAUGCAGCAGGACAACACUACACAGGAGCCUGGGCCUUUUAAUCCUGAGACAGCUGAGAAGGGAGUGACUUCAAGACUUGAUGGCUUUAGAGCCACUUAUAAAGUAGAAGCUCAGUCAGCAGCUAGACGGGCUGUUGUGUCAGAGUCUUCAGUGGGUGAAUCUCAGAGGAAAAGCUCUGAUAGCAAAACAGCUGGCACCUUUGGUAAAAAGAGUGAGGAAAGGCAUAAAGCCAAGCUUUCCUCACCUUCAAAAGAGGACUCCUGGACUUUAUUCAAACCCCCUCCAGUAUUUCCUGUGGACAAUAGCAGUGCUAAAAUUGUUCCCAAGAUCAGUUAUGCAAGUAAAGUAAAAGAGAACCUCAACAAAGUAGCUCAAGGUGGAGGAGAGGCACUGCCUCCUCCUGUUAGACUGUCACAGGUCCCUAUGUCUGCUAUGAAAACUAUCACCUCAGCUAGCUUUACUAAUGGUCCUGUUUCUGGAAAUGGAAACGGCUGCCCAUCAGUGGGUACCUUCUUUGCUCCUGCUGCUAGUAGUAUUCCACCAGCCCCAUCUAUCCCAAGUGGCGAGAAUGUAGCAUCUCCUUUGGAAAGUAACUGUAGCUCUACAACCAGUCCUGUAGAUGGAGAAGCAUAUGAGCUUUUAAUUUACCCUUUAAAUAUGCAACCUGUGCUCCCUAGUGCUCGUCACCUUGACCCACCGGCUGCUCAGACAAAUCAGAAAGCCUUGGGAGACAUCUUCCAGAAUCAGUGGGGGCUUUCUUUCAUCAAUGAGCCCAACUUGGGGCCAGAAGGAGGAAGUGGGCCGGUGCCUGCAGAGGACAAGACUACUGUGGUCACACCUCAAAGCGAGUGUCAGGCUGUUUCAGCCAAGGCUGCCCAGCCUUGCUUUGAUGUUAGCCCAUCAUUUUUAGAGCCUGGCACUUUGGCUCAAGACAAUGAGAAAAGGACUUGUGCCCCUUGCAAUGUGUCUAAUGCUUGUUCUCCUGCUUGUGUGAUGAGUGAGGAGGAGAACAAGCUGCAGCCAUGUGGCCAGGAAAAGACAAAAGCUGAGGCCAAGGAUGCAGGUUCUGCUUUGUCGGCCCCCAGUAAAGACAACGGUGCUAAGCCUGCACAGGGCCAGCUAACCACUUUGCUGUUUGGCUCAUCUAAAGAACAGGCCCACUCUAAAGACAUUGGCAGAAGGUGUUGCUGGGGGUCCUUUGAUGUUAAAGCUGCUGUCACUUAUCACACUAAAGAAAUGGAAUCCGUUUUCAACUUGCAAAAACAAGAUCCAAAAAGAGUAGUGGUUUAUGAUGAAACCAAGGAUGGACCUGAUCAGUGAGGUAGAUGGUCUACAGUACUUACCUUCUUCUCUUCUGGGUGCUGCAGUUAUCUACCAUGGAAAUCAUAAAUCCUGUUGGAUAGAUAAAGUGACAACUGUGAAAACAUUGAUAGUUUAGCAUGACAGAUUUUCCUUGGAAUCUCGGGUGGAAUAACAGACUUCUUUGGGGGCAUCAGACAAACACACACAGACACACACACACACACACACACACACACUCACAUGCUCUGGAGGGACGUUAAAGGAGCUGAUUGGUGCCUCUCCAACUUGAUGAAUGGACACUUGCAACUUUAAGCUGUUUGUCUCAUGGCUCUUUAAAGAUGAUGUUUGGGAGUUCAGCAAAGGAAGGUGUCUAGGACUGCGCCUCCCUAAAGCCUUUAUCCUGUUGAACUGUGGCAGCCGUCAGUCUGACUGUGGGAUGCCUCAGUCAUUUUCUUUAUUCACGCAUUCAAAUGAGUUCAUUGUAGAUAUGUUAGACGUUAUACAUACACAUCUGUGUGCAAGCUUGAAUUCAUCGUGAACGAAAAGGAGAACACACUUUGCAAAGAAUGCCUUGAAGUUGUGGAAUAAGGAUCUUCGGAGUCCUGUUAAACUGUAAGUUAAGUGGAAGCUCAUAGGUGAGGCCCCAUCCAGGAAGGGAGAACAUUGUCUUAAAUCCUUUAUGGGAAAUCAGAGCCCUGAAAUUAAAUACUUGCUUUUUCUUUUAGAUCGUUUCGUCUGACCUAACAUGAGUAUUAUCUGCACUGCAGUAUGAUCCCAGAGCACAGGUACAGAAGUGCCCAAUUUGAAGGAAAGUCUUGCCCCUUCAUUUCAUUGUUUAUUGCAGGUUUUGCUAACGGUUUUUUCUUUUUUUUAAAUCAGGUCUCCGUUAAAAGCGAUACCUUUUAAUCAUUAAGGUUUUCACACAUUUCUGUCAUCAGGUCAGUGCAGACUGUUCUUAAAUUCAGAUUCAUAUACCUGCUGAUAUAUGAAUUCUCACUUUAGGAAUAAACUGAGUAACAAACUGUAAAGUAAGAGACAUUUCUUCCAAUAAGGUCUUCUGCGUUUUGUGCUGUUUUCUUCAGCAGAAAGACUCAGGAUGUCCGUACAUAUUAUUUUGCCUGCAUUUCUGUCUAAUUCUACUCUUCAUGUCAAAGGAACAUGUUGCAUUUUAAUGACUUUGGACUUUUUUUUUUCUGACUCAGCAUUUUGUCUUUACUUUUCGGUCUUAUGGCAUUGUAUUUCUUGCAUGUUUACUGGUGGAAAUGUAUGAGUCAGAGGUCACUGUUCAUCGCCACACAAAGAUUACAGUAACACGACAACAAUUGCAAUACUAAUCUAGGUUCCCCGACUAGCCACUUUUUCAAACUGUGUUGAAAUGUGAAGAUGAGUUGUACUAUUAUGUUUUACUGUGGAUAACCUUUGCAAACUAGUGUGCAAUAACACCAUGUGAUCCAUACAACGUGUGAAAUGGGUUAUAUGGAGCUACACAAUCAUCAGUUCUGGUGUGGCCUGCAGUUCCUUUAUUUGUUCAAAGUGUUUAAGGUGCAUUUUCAGUUUAUUGCACAAGUGAUCUUUAUUUUAUUUUAUUAUUUUUUUAUAUUUUUCAAAAGAGCUCAUGUUGAAAGAUCUAAUUAAGUCUAAGGAGCCCAAAAUUUGCUAACUGCUAACUGGCCAGCUGUAACAUCACUUUCAUCACCAUCUCCAAAUCAGGAUUGGUUUAUUCAGCAUAACAAAGGAACUGUCCAGGUUUCUUUGCUCUAGAAGAUAUGAUUUGGUUAAUGUGUGGAUUAAUAGCACUUUAUGUAAACUAAUUGCUUUUAUCUUUUAAUUAUUAGAGAGAUCUAUAUGUACUGACAAGAAAUACUCCUUGAAAGAAUGGCUUUGGGCUGUUACUUUUCAGAAAAAAAAGUUGAUAAAUACAGAAUUAUUAAAUGUAACUCAGGUAGUGUUGAUAAAGCCAUGACUAUGUUCAAUAUUGUUUUUUGCCAAAUGGCCCCUGUCAUGUAAUGUUCUCAAAAUUGGAAACAUUGAAUUGGAGUCCUGCUAUAUAGAGUCUCAAAUGAAGUUGUGACAAAACACCAAAUAAUUGCUUUUGAGGACAACUCUGGUGGCAUGCAAGGUGCUGUCAUUGAUCAUUUUAGGCUCUAAAAUGUUUAUUUCCCUGUUUAAAAAAAGGAAAAAAGAAAAAGGAAAAAAAACAUAAGCACAUUGCUCCAUGCGCUGUUUCCAAUGUGUACUAGACCGUAAUCUUGCAAUCUUUGACGGUUCAUUUUCUUCCUCAUGUGAUCAUAGUUAAGCACCUCUUGAUUAUUUUGAUUAUUGCUGAACAUCAGUGGUGUUUUUAUGGGGAAGCUACAAUCUGGGAAUAAGCUUUCAAGUACACUUCUCUUUCCACUGUGUCCUGAUUAGGCAGCACUGCAGCCUGUACCUGUGUGCAGGGGGAAAAUCGUUACUUUUUUUUUUUUUUACAAGUUGACAUUUAACUUCCAUGUCUGAUCACAGUCAGCUCUCUGGUAUUUAAAAUGCUUUGUUUUGGCUUCCACUGUAUUGUGUAUGAUGGAUGAGUGUAUGAUCAGAUGCUGCCCUCUGAAUAAGAACAGUUGUGUCGGAUCUGGUUGACGAGGAAGAAAGGGUAUUUGAGGAGAUAUUGCCCAUUAGCAUUUAGACUUUUAUGUUUUUCUGUGCUUGUGGAAAUUGACAUUUAAUCUGGCAUAAAGUUACACAAAACUCGCAAUUUAAUUUUUUCUGAUUGCCCAUAAUCCAUAGACAAAAUGAUACAAUCAGGUUACCAUACAGUUAAUGCCAAAAUUGUUCAGGCUGAAAGCAUUAUCAGUGGACAAUGAUGCAUCAGUAGGCUUCUAAAUGUAAAACAGGGUGAUCAAAACAAGUAGUAUGUGAUGUUACUGUAGUCUUACAAUGAAUAUCUUUUCUUUUUAAAAUAUUUUUUGUCUUUUUUUUGAGAGGAUGGUCCUGGCACAGGGAAAUCAGAGAAUCUCCAAUCCUCCCACCCCAAGGGUCCUCUUUUUCAAGCACUUAAAACAGCAAAAAGGCUAUGUUGAAUAUGCAUUUCUAAAGAUCAGCAUUGUAGCCUUGCAAACCAAAAAAAAAAAAAAAAAAAACAGGUUCUUGAAGCUGAGUAGAUGUUUAAUCAGUGAUGGGGAGAGAGGGAGGGGGUCAAGUGACUGACUGUUGAUGUGUUGAUAAAAGAGAAAAGCCUGAUCAUGUGGAGUUUUAUACUUCCACCCCCUCAGGACGUGCAAUCACCUCAAAGAUGCUGAAGCAGGCUUCCAGGUUGUAAGUGGCGAGUUUUGGCCUCAUUGUUUUGUGGGUGUGUGCAUAGCGAGUUCUUCCUAUUAUAUGCAAGUUCCUCAUAUAUUUUGAAAUCCUCUCCCCCAACCCUUCCAUUGUUUCAUGUUCAGGUGCCUGUGUGGAAAAAAUAUACUUUUACAGCAAUUUUGAUUGUUUAAAAUCUGCUUCCAGCGUAUAUCCGUGCCAUUUUUUUUUCUUCUUCUUAUUCUUCUUUUUUUUUGUAACAUUUGCAAUGCUGUUUAAGUUUUCUCACAGCUAAUCCUAAUUUCUUCUUUUAAGUGACAUUGACACAGAUGAAAGCAAUGAGCAUUUUAUGUGUUUUGUAGGUUUUGAAAUUUUCAUGGCUUGUGUUCGGAACUGUGUGACCUAAAGCCAAAAUCAGUUUGAAUGGGGCAGAUGACCGCCGCUCGCUGGUGUAUAACUCAUGCCAGUCCAUUGUCAAGUUCAUGUCUGAAGUAGCACAUAAUUAAUUUGAACUGAUUUAACAAAUUAAUGUUUUAACAUAUGUUUUAAAAACAUUUUAUUUUUGAGUUAUAACCUAAUUUAUCCAUAGAUGCACAAAUAGGAUGAGACUAAAAGGAAUAAAUGAUACAGAAAAUCAAGAUGUCUCAUUUUUGAUGAGUUGUAGAUGAUUUAGUUAUUGAUUAAGGCUGAUGUAGACCUAUUUUUUCCCCCAAUAGCACCAAUGUUAAUGUAUUUGAAGUUACUCUUUUUCCAGCAGAUUUUAUACAAAUUACUUUAACGCAUUUCUUCAAAUAGUUGUGAUGGAGUGAUGAGCAUUGAAAUACACUGCAUCCCAGAGUUCCUCUUAAUAUAUUUUUGUUUGUGGUGUUGUUGAUCAUGUUGCGAUGGGGAGUGAGGUAUUAACGUGCAGUUCAACAACUCUGAAUCUGCUUUCGCCAAAGGUACACUACUCAGAUAUUCAGCUAGUGAAUGGCAAACGCACAGACGGGAGACGCUGAUGAUGAUAAUGUCAUGACCAGCUUCCUGACAUCGUGCUGGUUAGUUUUUAGCGAAGAGAAGUCACUACUGUAGCAGCUGAAUGUCACUUUGAGCGUGUUAUUAUACAGUGUGAGAGAGGAGAAAUCUUAUAAGAUAAAACAAAUACCGAAAGUGCUGCUUCUUCAUCCAGUAAUCUGUCGUCUGUAAUGGGAAAUGCUGGACUUAGUGUUUGUGCUCAACUUAAAAACUGUCCCUCCUUUAAACAUGUCAUUGCCUCUUGUGGAAAUGUUUUAAUUUAGGGGGCUUUUUGUUGUUGUUGUUGUUGUUGUUGUUUUAUGUGAUGACACCUGAGAGGUACAGUGUUUCUGAUUCCACACAGGGGAAGCAAACUUGGGCAACGUGACUUUAGAGAGAGGUGAUAUGUUGUGCUAAGUCAUUAUUUUGUUUUCUUUGUCAUCUCAAAUGGCUGUUGUGCUUUUUUUUGUCCACUCCUCCGUUUAUCACUUUUACACCUCUUGCCCCCCUAAAAUAAGAGGCAAUAGCAUUUCUUUCUCAGUUGUCUUACAGGUUGACUUUUUAAGUGAGCAGUCUGAUUAUUUAAUUUUUUGUUUUGAAUUUAACAUAAGUGUCACAUUACAAUGUUCUUUUUUUAAAGCAUGAUAAUAACCCUCAAAUUCCAAACAAUGUAAUAGUCAAAAGAAAAAAAGAAGACUCCAGUGUUCACAAUUUUAGUUUCCAUUAAAAUGUCAAAUUUUCAUGAAGAAUUCA